AUGGCAUCUGAUAGAAAGAAGAGACGAAUUGAAGAAGAAAAUAGAGAAUUUAAUCAGGAUUGGACCGAGUCGUUUGCGUUCAUAUGCAACAUAGAUGGCCUGCCGACUUGUCUCAUUUGCCAAGAAAAACUGGCGCACAAUAAGAAGUCCAAUUUGGAGAGACACUUAACUACAAAACAUGCCCGAUUCGCUGUUCAAUAUCCAACCGGUGAGGCACGGAAAAAAGCUGUCAAAGAGCUUCAAAAACAAAACCAACAGCCCAGUUCUAUGCUCAACCACUGGGCGCAAUCUUCAAGUAAUGUCAAUCUGGCAAGCUUCGCGUUAUCAUUACAAAUUGCAAAAAAGAGGGAAACCAUUCACAGAUGGUGA